GAUGUCACUGCCGCACCUGCGCAGCCAUCUUGUACUUUUCCUGCGGCCAGAGAGGAAGGAAGAAAGAAAAGCAAAGGAUAAAAUAGCUGUGCUGCUUAUUCAGUAUAGUAAUGUCCGGUUAAGUUAACAAGGAUCGAACAGAAAGGUAGCGUGCAGCGUAACAGCAGCGGAGGGUAAAUAGAGACACGGCAGCUUUCGCCACAGUGCCUCAGAAUUACAAACGGGGGAAUCAUCUAGGAGUGAAAAGAGGAAGGAAAAGCGUCCGUCAGAUUUCCACCUAAAAUACACACCGGCCUUCACCCACCAUGAAUCCUGAAUAUGACUACCUGUUCAAACUGCUCCUCAUCGGUGACUCUGGAGUGGGCAAGUCAUGUCUCCUGUUGAGAUUUGCAGAUGACACGUACACAGAGAGCUACAUCAGCACCAUUGGAGUUGACUUCAAGAUUCGCACCAUUGAACUGGAUGGCAAAACUAUUAAGCUUCAGAUUUGGGAUACUGCUGGACAGGAAAGGUUUCGCACCAUCACGUCCAGUUACUACAGAGGAGCCCAUGGCAUCAUUGUGGUUUAUGAUGUCACUGAUCAGGAAUCUUACAACAAUGUAAAGCAGUGGCUGCAGGAGAUUGAUCGCUACGCCAGCGAGAAUGUCAACAAGCUGCUGGUUGGGAACAAGUGCGACCUCACCACCAAGAAAGUCGUGGACUACACAACAGCCAAAGAAUUUGCUGACUCUCUUGCUAUCCCUUUUCUUGAAACAAGUGCUAAGAAUGCCACUAACGUGGAGCAGGCCUUCAUGACCAUGGCUGCUGAGAUCAAGAAACGCAUGGGACCAGGAGCUACGGCUGGAGGAGACAAGCCCAACCUGAAGAUCGAGAGCACUCCAGUUCGACAGUCUGGUGGCGGCUGCUGUUGAAGAGCCUCUCUUUCUCUUGCACGCCACACACACGCACAUACACACACACAUACACAUACACACACACACACAAAAACAUGCCCUCUCUGCCCUCACAUAUACACACAGACACACCUGCAUAUGUCUAGGAGCAUAAGAACAGAUGACGUUCUAACCUUCUUAUGGGAGUAACCACUGCGUUUGAAGCCAGCUUAAGGUUUAUCUUUCUCUUGGCUUCCAUGCAAGAAGUUUUGUAGCUUCCUCUGAGGUCCUGGUCCUCGCCUUGGUUUUAUACUCCUAGUCACACCCUGUCUUUCUCUCUCCUUCUUUGUAUUUUCAAACCUUGACCUGUUGUACUUUAGUCUCACCUGCAUUCAAUUUCCACCCUUAACCCUAAUCCUCUACAGACACCGUGUUUUCUGGGUCCCUAGAAAGCUACCUGUCCUAUGACCGAUGGGUGCAAAUUCAGAACAGAUAAGUAAUUGGCUUUUGGAGGACACCUUAUUUAUUAUAUGCAGAGCUGAGGGAUUCAAGUGAGAAGGGGAAGCUGUACUCAUGUUUGUCAUGAAAUCUCUCUCUCCAGUUUUGCAUUCACAAAUCCAACACACAAACCCUUGUUCACUUGUGGAAGUUUUUCUUUUGUUGUUGAAUGUAUAAAGAAUGAAAUAUAAAAAAAAAAAAAAAAAAAUAAGAAGAAGAAUUUGGCAAUAUUAUAUUUCAUAUUCUGAUCUUACUAGGAUUAUUAUUAAUUUUAAGACUUAUUGUAGUUUAUUCCUAAUCAUAAUUAUUGUACAAUGGCUUACUGUUGUCAAAUGAAGGUGUUUGGUGGGGAGGGGGUGGAAAGCUUGAUGUCGGGGUUUAGGCUUGGUGACUAAAGCUACUGUUCCCUGUUACCUCAUUUAGUUCCUUCCCUGUCAUUUGUUUUCAGUGUAUUUAGGAGAAGGACAAAAAAAAUGGUAAAUCCAAACUGGAACUAAAAACUGUAGUUGUGAAACAAUAUUCUCUUCUGUCUUUUAAGUGAUAGUUGUUGUUUAUCACCACUGGACACUUGGUGCAUUAAGGCUGCAGUAUAAGUCAAAUUCAUGCAAGUGUUUUGCAGAGUAAUUACUUUCUGGAUCGCGAGGUGAGCUUUUGUUUUUCCAUUCAUUAUGUUAUCCCAGUGUGAUUCAUUAUGUUAUCCCAAUGGAAUGGCUUCCACAUAUUCCACUCUGUAGGCCAUUCUGUCUUUUGUCAAAGUUACUGUAGCUUUUGGGUUUAGUUUUGUCUGAGAUGUCUUCGGUUCGACGUGUGCUUUGACAUCUUAGCCUUUCAGUGAGUUGGUCUUCUACACAAUCUGUAUAGGCAUUGCGCAUGGUUCACUGUACCAGCUCUAUGUUUGAUGCAACAAAUUAUCCCUCCAGAAGUGUGUGGUUUAGAAACAUCUUUGUAUGUGUGCAUACAGUGUAAACAUGCAUGUAGUGGGAUUUAAUUUGAUGUUUGUACUGUGUGACUUUUAUCAAGAAGGAGGAUUUUGGGACUGACUGGUCUUGGCUUAGAGACCGGAUAUGACUUCCCAUAUCCUCCAGAAAGCAAAGUGCAGUAUUCAUGUUUAAGUCCCUUCUUGCAUUAGUCUUGAAAUGAACCUCUUUAGUAAUUGAGAGGACUUUAUUUGGCCAAGAUAUGUACAAAAAUCCUUUUUGACAAAAUUGACAGGUCAUCAAAUGAAUGAGUUCAGCUUCACGCAAAACAAUAUGUCCCUUUACUGAAUAUUUUAGGUUUAGUACCCAUGAGCAGCAAGAGCCUCUGGUGGACGGCAGACCAUGUUUUUGUCAGAAUAUACAGAAUGUGGCUCUAGUUUAAAACUAAAAAACAAACACAGGUGCAGAUUUUCAAAUUCACUGCAAGUGUUGACCUGUCUUAAUCGAUUCACAUCAGUGUCUUUCAUAUUGUACUAUUAGAUUACUAAUGAACUGAGCCAUUUAAAACAACUUUUAAUCCCACUUGAGCCAUUGCUUACCUCAGAGUAACAACAUUUUGGGGAGAUUAAAAACAAUGUUUAGUAAAUGAUGGGAUUUGUGGAAUGGGGUGGAGGGAGCAGUAGCAGGUUGGUGGGGGGUGUACAUGAUGGGAUUGGGUUUACUGUAUUUAGGAACAUUCCUUCGAUUUCAAUUACGUGUCGUCUGCAAAAGAAACUAUACGUCUCACUUCAGACCUGUUCUCCGUCAUACACAAAAUCUGAGUGCACACUGUUUCGUUCCGGCAUUUUCAAAACAUGUUUUUUUUCUUCUCCCCCACAAGGCUUGCUGUUCUACCGAUUUUAACCUAUAAAUUGAGCUAUUACAUUGUGAUACUGUGUGUCUGAUUAAUGAAUGUGGACCUAGGGGCAAUAUUGUAGAGGGAUUGCGUUAUUAAAAGUGUGGAGGUCUACUUCUGAAUGUGAUGGAAUUUUGCUGCGUGCUUUUUUUUUGUUUGGCUUUUACUUUUUAACAUUUGUUUGUUGUUCUGUUUCUGUCAUUUGCACAUCUCUAUGUUGCUUUGGGCGAGGCAGGAUGAAGGCACAGGCGACAAUUGUACUGAGCACCAGGCUGGUAGUUCUUCCCCUCUCCUUCUGCUUGCUCACUCUGGUGCUCUCUUUCAUAGCUCAGUUUGACCAUGUUUUUCUUCUUUCUGUACAUAUUAUUAUAAAUAUAUAUAAUAAAAAUGAUCAAUGUCUUAA